UAUAUGUGCAUAUACUUAUCAUAAUUUUCAUGAAGGGAAAAAGCGCGGUGCGGAUGAGAAUAUCGCGGGCACGUGUGUAUAAAUAAAGCAUAAUGUAUGCAAUUUAUCGUACAUAUAUAAUUAUUCGUUGUGUUUUCUUUUCGCGAAAGAUUGAUUUGCGUCAUCCCGUCGAUACAUCUGCUCAAAGUAGCUGAACUUAAUUUGAGUUCAGUCUUCAGUCAGCAUAAAUCAGCAGCAUGCGUCGUCGAUGUACGGCUCAUCGGUACGCGAUACGCGACGAUCUUGCGUGAGCUAUCAUACGGAUUACUUGCACUCGGAUGACCUACACGAACGGCAAUCUUCUUCGCAUUCAUAUGGCUGUGAUAGCAAAAAAUCAUAUUCUGGGCAUGAGCAUUUUGUGGAAUACAUAAAUAACUAAAGUAAUGUGAGAAAAAUGGUAAGUAAUUUACCACAAGAAUUCAGGAAAUAUCAGCGGAAUAGGAAUCAAUUACGUCAUAUAUUUGAGGAGACACAACGUACAUUAGAACUCAUAAAACUUGAAAAUUUUUUUCCUGGAGAGAAUAUUAUUGAGGAAUUAUUGCCUCCUUUGAUCUUGAAUAGAGUGACACACCUUCUUAAUAACUCUCCAGCAAUAGUCAUCUUUGGGCAAGAUAAUAAAUCCAAAGCUUCACUGGUCAAUAAAUUACUUUCCACUGAUAUUUUGCCAUUAUCUAAUGAUUCAUGGAGAUGGAUCAAGAUUACAUAUGGUCAUACGAAUCAUGUUAGUCUCACAUUAGGUUUAGAAUAUGAAAUAGUUGAAACAUUACGAGCCAAUGAAGAAUCAUGGACCACACUUCCCAUCGAAGAUCUAGCAAAGUCAAUAGGUGAAGAUAUCAAUUGUCCAACAGUACUGGAAGUGAAAUUAAAUCAAGCAAUAUUGAAAGAAGGUGUUCAAAUAUUUGUUGUUCCAAAUAAUGGCGUGGUAAAAACUCUUGCUAAAAAUUUACUCAAAAUUUUACCUAUAUUUCUUUAUGCUCUUGGGGAGCAACCAUUGACUGAGGAAAAUUUGGAAGAAUUGAGAGAUUUGAAAGAAACUUAUCCAUAUAACCCAAUUUUAUUCAUAUCUUCAUUAGCGAAUAUUUCAUUGGAUGGCACAGAUGCAGACUUAACUGAAUCUGAGCAACAUAGUUUGCAAAGUCGGACAGAAGUGCCAAGUAUUUCUACUGAAUCCAAGAGUAACGAUAGUAUUAAUAUUGACAAAAUGAAUUCACUUGGUCUAAGGUGGCUAGAUCAAUUAAGCAAUUUAGGAUUUCUAGGCAUGGAAGAGUCUGUGGAAGUUCACCAAUUAACAUGGCUUGUCGGCGAGCAAUACGUUAAAAACUCGAGCGAUCUAGUGGAUUCAUGCAAAAAGACAGACCGCGUUUUACAUUUUACAUGUGGCUGCUUGCAAAGUUAUCUGAUUAAUGCCAGCACGUAUUUGAAUGAAAUACACACGACAAGUCUACGUAAAUUUAUUUUAAGUGCAUUUGACAUGGCACGAAAAAUACAGAUCACUCCUAGAAGAAUACAGUACGCCCAACAAAAAGAAAAUGAACUUUAUGCUAAUCUAAUGAAGGUUGUUAAUGAGCAGCAAAUGGAAUUAACAGAAUUAAUACAAUGUAUUAUUCAGGAAAUGAAAGACGAUAUAUCAAAAUCUACCAGUGAUUUUUCCCAGUAUCAAACUGUUCUUGCCGACAAUAAUGAACAAAUAGAAUGGACAGUUACUGUUCGCGCCGCGACGUCGGAAGUUCAGCGAUUCGUGCUGGGUCGUUUGGGCGAAAAAGUCGCAAAGAAACUCGUUAAUUCGGUUAAUUGUCUUCGAGAGACUUUUAUCGGAACUCUUCAACGUUGCCUAAUAAGUCUCGAAAAGACUUAUGAACACGACAGUAGUCUGUUAGCUAGCGAUGCCUUAAAACAAAUACUUUCUGCAGCAUACAAUGUAGAAUUACACAAUUCAUCACCAUCUUUAGUGCAUUCAUUCUUGGAAAGAUUGAGACAGCUCUUUAAAUCCUUACCGCUACCGUGGACACCCACCCCGACUCUAAACGCUGCUUGGAGGAGGAAAAUUACUAUUGAUAUUUUAAAUUCUUUAUCAGCAGCAAGAUUAGCAAGGGCAAUUUCUACACAGUUCAAAGAUAAAUUAAAAUCAUCGCAUGACGCUUUUCAGACUGCCCUAAGAUCUCUGGAGAAUUAUUACUCGGGGAAACUAGAGAGGACCGAAGAGCAGAGGAUAGCUAUACGAAAAUACCACGCGCCCAAACUAGCCAAACUUGCAUUAGAAUCCACGUCAAUGAUGGAUGCGAUUCGUUUUGGAGUUCCUCAUUAUAGCAAGGAGAUUGGCAGAGGACAAUACGGUGUGGUAUUUGCAUGCGAAGGUUGGGGCGGAGCACCAGGGCCAUGUGCCGUAAAAUCUGUUGUUCCACCGGAUGAGAGACAUUGGAACGAUCUUGCGAUGGAAGUUUACUAUACUAGAUCAAUACCGGAUCAUAAAAGGAUAGUGAAGCUUCGCGGAUCGGUCAUAGAUCAAUCAUACGGAGGUGGAUUUGGAUUAGGCGCUGCAGUUCUCUUAAUCACCGAUCGGUUGAGCCGUGAUUUGUACUGUGGUAUACACGCUGGUCUUACAUGGUUGGAACGUAUACAAAUAGCAAUAGAUGUGUUAGAAGGAAUACGCUAUCUUCAUUCGCAAGGUCUAGUUCAUCGAGACAUCAAAUUAAAGAAUGUCUUACUUGAUAUGGAAAACAGAGCUCAAUUAACUGAUCUCGGGUUUUGUAUUACCGAAGCUAUGAUGUCGGGGAGUAUUGUGGGAACACCAAUUCACAUGGCACCAGAACUUCUGUCUGGUCAUUAUGAUAGUAGUGUCGAUGUCUAUGCUUUCGGCAUUUUGUUUUGGUAUAUAUGUGCUGGGAAGGUUCGGUUGCCAUAUGCAUUUGAACAAUUUCAUAAUAAGGAGCAAUUAUGGGCUAAUGUAUUGAAAGGUCUUAGACCUGAAAGGUUGCCACAUUUUGAUGAAGAAUGUUGGACGCUAAUGGAACAAUGCUGGUCUGGAGACUCAUCCAAACGACCAUUGCUCGGUGCUAUUCAACCAGUGUUAGAGUGUAUCCAGCAAAAAGCAGAAAGAGGCAAGUCCUUUCAACAACUCGGCACAUUAAAAUUACAAGAAAGUUCAUCAUCUGAACAAACAAAUCCUGCGCUAGCAUUAGCAGAGCCUAAUAACCAAAGAGAUACAUUCUUCACAACAAAAUCUACAGUUUGAAAGAUUUGGGCAGAUAUUGAUAUUACCAUUAUCUGUGUUUCAAUGGAAUAUAAUAAUAAAUUAUAUAAUAUUUUUUUAUUACUAAAUAGUGAUACCAAGUACUUCAAAGAUUACGUGUGGAAUUGUUCAAAAACACAUAACAUAAGUGUAAAUAAUCUGUAUAUAUUUUUCUAAAAAAGGGAGGAUUAAUAAUCUCUUAAGGUAUAAGCUUUUAUGUUAAUUAACUUUUUAGUAGAAUGAAAAAAGAACUUAUAGGAGUAAUGUACUUAUAGCAGUAAGCAUCUAUAGUAGUCAUAUUUUAUGUCUUAAAAAAGAUAUGAUAUUUAUGAAUAUUGCUUGUUAGAUAUUUGAAUAAUUAUUAUUUAUACAUGUUGUUAAUAUUUAUAAUAAUCUAUGAUUCUCUCUUAUUCUACUUUAUUACAUUUGAAACCAAAUAUUUUUUAAAGAUUUGAUAAUAAAUUCCAAUUUGUUUAUAAGAGAUCUAUUAUAGCUAACAAAGAAAUUAUCCAAUCUUGUCAAGUUCCUCUUUCAUUUAUUUGACUAUUUGUUGAAAAUAUAUUUAUAUGUUACAUGUAAUAUAAUAGAAUCUACCUGAAUAUUUUUUUCUUCUUGAAAAUAAAUUAUAAGAGGUAUUAUAAUUUAGAAUGCGCUAUUUUAUCAAUAUUAUUUUAUUUUUAAGUAAAAUAUAAAAUUAAUUGAAAAUAUUGGCAAAAGAGAAAAUGAAAAGUAAAAAUUCUUAUACUUAUCAAGGUUAUUAAAAGAUAUUCUGUUUAAAUAGGUAGUUGGCAGAUCCAGAUUUAAAUGUAUUUAUUAAUAUGUAAAAUCUCCUAUAUGAUAUAAUUACUAAUUUUUGAGUAAUUAAACUGAGCCAUAUACUGUAAGUUUUAAGUUAAUUAUUAAUCACCAAUAUGAAUGUUAUUUAAGAAAUGUUACAAAAGUAUUAUCUUUUGUCAGAGAGAGAGAGAAAGAGAUAAAUUAAAAAAACUUUUAUAUAUGAAAACAAUUUUAUUUGUAAAUUUGUAAAAAUUAUAUUCUUUAACAAAAUAAUUAAAUA